AUGAAGGAGCCAUUCAUGAUCAAUCUACAGGAAGAGGGGCCAUCAGCAGCAGAGGGUCAGAGUGAGCGAGAAACUGGCUUCUUUGAGAGACUCAUCAACACUGCCACCAACUCUGGGACAAAUGGGGCACUUGCUGUAACAGUCACCCCAAGCUACUCACAGGAGUCUGAUCCUAGUCCCCUCACCUUACUGCUUCUGAUUCUGGUCCAUGCCUCUGUUUUCCCUGGACCCUCAGCCCAUGUCUGGGUCCAGGGUGACAGGGGUAGCUCCAUCUCCAUCAACAUCUAUAGAGGUGUAACAACUAUUAGGGCUUUGAGCAGUGUCCACAGUUCUACUUAUGAGGGCCUCUCCUCCUUCCCCAUCCCCUUACACAGGUGUGAUAAAGGCAGAAAGAUUUGCCAUACAGCAGCACAAACACACCCCGUCCAGCAAAGAGCUCAUAGGAGGAUAAAGCAUCAGAAUCCAGCCCCAGCUCUGGAGCCAGGAUCCCUCAAUCAUGCACAUCCGGCUGGACUCUGGCUCCUCCUCACUUGCUGCCCAGGGUCCAAUUCUCAGGCUGUAGUGACUCAGGAGCCCUCAAUGACUGUGUCCCCAGGAGGGACAGUCACUCUCACCUGUGCUUCCAGCACUGGAGCAGUCACCAGUAGUAACUAUCCAAGCUGGUUCCAGCAGAAACCUGGACAAGCCCCCAGGGCAUUGAUUUACAGUACAAACAGCAAAUACUCCUGGACCCCUGCCCGGUUCUCAGGCUCCCUCGCUGGGGGCAAAGCUGCCCUGACACUGUCCGGUGCACAGCCGGAGGACGAGGCUGAGUAUUACUGCUCGCUGUACUAUAGUGGUGCUCAGCACAGUGACAGACUCAUAAGAGGAACCAAGACAUAA